AUGAGCUCCCUUAAGGUGUUGACAAUCAGCAACUAUCCUUACUAUUGUCUGAAAAAAGCAGAUGAGGAAAGAAGCACUCUAUCACACUUACCGAGUACUCUUAUUACAACUGCAAAAACAGAUAUAUUUCUAACAAUGACUAGCCAUGAUAUUCCUAACGGUACACUUGAAUAUCUUCAUAAGCAAAAUAACCUACGUAUAAGCGCUCACGAUGAGAUUGAACAAUUGGAGGAGUGGGUGGUAGUUUUAUUAAUAUUGUCUGAUUUAACUCAAGAGAAGGAAGAAUCGUACAAGUUCGCCCAAACAGCAUAUUCCCAAUCUAAACAAUUAUCUACUCAAUAUAUGCACGGUUCUAUUUGUAGAUUAGCAAUUAAAGAGUUUGAAAAGCAUGAAGAGAUGUUUGGUGAAAAAAGUAAUGAAAAGUUAGUAAAUCAAGCAUUAGAAGUUUCAUCAAAAUCUAAAGAUAUGGUUGCUUCUCUAUGUAGUUGUGCUUCUGCUUUUUAUUGGAUUUACAUGCGAACGGGACAAUAUGGUUGUUUAGCAGAAGAUUAUUGUUUGAAAGCCAGUUUAUUUAAUGCAAAAUAUGAAGGUUAUUUGGUGGAGAUUCAGGAAACACUCUACAACCUUUCAGAUUUUGAUGUUUUUCAACAACUUGCUAGAAAGAAUGUAAUGUUUGGUUUGAAAGAUAAAAUCGUGGUAAAGUAUUGUAAAAUGUUGAAAAAAAGACUCAGACAAAAGAACAAACCAAACUCUGGAAAUCACGAAGAGGUGAAAAGCUUAUUGGAAGAAUGGGAAAUGUGGCAAAACAAGAACACAAACGUAUCAAUGAAGGUCGAAACAUUUAUUCAUGAAAAUCAGGAACAUUGGAGCGAUAAAUCAUUGAAUAAUCUUAUUCUUUCAUCAGACCCUAAUUUAUAUGUGAUUAGUAGAUUACUGGAAGAAUAUUACAUUAUUGGAAACCAU